AUGCAGCCUUGGGAACAGGUAGUGGAAAAGCUAAAUGCUUUAGAACGCGACUUUUCGGAACAAAAAGCUCUUCAAAAGCAAUUGGACUUUCUUGAUGGGUUUGUCUUUAAAAUCGAAGAGGAACAACUUCCUCAUAAUUUAACCGCGUUACUGCCCUAUUUGUCGCCAAAAAAGAAUUGGAUAAAUUUUGAAUCCAAUGAGUUAAAUUUCGAGCUUAGGAAACCAUAUUGUGAGCGAGCAUAUCGACUCUUGACUAUAUUCCAAGAGGAAAUCAAACAUUUCGUGAAAGAUAAAGAAAAUUGGGAGUUACUUGUGACACUAGUUUCGCUACGAGAUAUCCAAUAUAAGCCUGUUGCGUCUUUUUCUGCUAAUGUUGUCGAUAACACAUUGUCAUCUUUUUCCACAGCGACAAAGGAAGACUUUGAAAACUAUGUUUUAGAAUUUCAGUCUUCUCUAUUUUCCCGUGAUGAUCGUUUAACUGAACAAGGAAGGCGGUAUGCAUAUGAACUUCCUCCAGAUAAAUUCCGACAAGAUCAAACAACCACGCUUCUGGAACCGUCGUGGAAAUCAAAAAACCUUUUCAUUCCUGACGUAAUAUAUUGGAUUAUUUCGAAUCAGACUAGCUUUACUAUUCGGGAUAGAUGGCAUAAAUUGAUUCCAUCAGUGUUGCGAAUCUUGAAUGACCUCAAGCCUAUGGUGAAGCAAAAGGGUCUGCUGCUAGUUCAGUCAAUAGUAGAUGUAUCAGGACUCGAAUUUUUAACUUAUACUGGCUUAGCGGAAAUUUUACGUGAAGAUCUAAUGCUUUUCUACACAUUCUUACCCCCACGAUAUAAAGCGGAGACAUGUGCUUCUCUUAUAGAUUCCUCAUUUCGUUUAUUAAUUCAAAUUGAGAAGAAGAUACCAAAUCUACUGGAUAAGUUAUUUCUGGACGGUGUCAUGUACAUCUUUCAGUUUGCCUCAGACAGCAUUCCCGUGAUUCGUCUCGCUUUUGUGCAAUGCAUGUGUCUCAUGAACAAACUGAACGAAAGAUUUUUGAGAUAUCUUAGCACAACGUUGGAUCAGCUUUGCCUACGGAUACAGAACCCAUUGCUUUGUAACGCCCCAGAAUUUCUUUUCUUUCUUUUAGAAACGCUUCGGUCAAUGUUGAUUGUUUACUUUUACCGCAUAUCUUCCCACCAUACUCAGUUUCUCAUUACACUAGUUUCUUCGUAUAGAAACUGUAACAAUGCAAAUUUGAAGGAACUAAGUCCAUGCAAACAAAAAAUUACAGAAAUUCUUCAAUUUGUUAAAGAGAAUUUAUCUGAAUCUCAGAAGCUGGAUUAUCAAGCUGUAUUACCUCUUAUGGAAUCCACAACUGCUUGA